AUGUCUGAACAGCUGAUGGAACCAACCACACUGUCACCGGAAUUGGAAGCGCUAGUUUCAGCUGCCCCUUUCCCGAUGGAAGUAGAUCUUCCAUUCUCCUCACCGAUGUGCUAUUGGUUCCAAGCUAGAGAAAUGUGGGAUGGUCUCCAAAACCGUGCUCGACAAAAAGGGAUUCAGAAUGGAGUCAAGAGGAGGAACCAAGUUGCGUUAAGCCACCCUGCGACCCUAGAAAACUUGUAUCAUGACAUCCAAAGGCUGCCCCCCAAACCAGAAAGUUUCCACUGCAGUCAAUAUGCACUAUCAAAAAGCGUAGACAAGAAACCUGUACCAAUCAGUACUAGAUCCAAACGACCAUUCAAACUAAUCCAAUCAUACCUAUCUGGAAAGUUCGGUAUACAGUCACAAGGCAAAGCUCAGUACUAUAUGUCCUUCAUUGAUGAUUACACCCCCUUCGCUUGGAUAUAUCUUCUAAAACACAAAGAAGAUUCAAAGAAGGCCAUCAAGGACUAUGUUACUAGGAUCGAGAAACAGUAUAAUACAACAAUACUGAGAUUCAGAAUGGAAUAUGGUGGUGAAUACAUCAACAAGGACAUAACGAACUACUUCGAUGCACAAGGAAUAGUUCAUGAACAGACUCUCCUAUACACCCCUGAAUCUAAUGGAGUUGCUGAACGAUUCAACAAGACGGUAACCACAAUGGUCAGGUGCAUGAUCAUAGACCAUCCUAAGUCGUUAUGGGGUGGAGCAUACUCAACAGCUGUCUACCUCAAAAAUAGGCUACCUUACAGCAUGCUUAAGGAAAAGACCCCCUUUGAAGCCCUGAAAGGAACCAAGCCAAGUAUACAACACCUUCAACUGUUCGGAAUCAUAGUUGGAUACUCAGACAGUAACAAAAUAUACCGUAUCUGGAUAGGAACACAACACAGGGUAAUUGAAAAUCGGGACGUCAUAUUCCCCCCUCCUGAAUCAGGGGAAGUCUCAAUGGAACUCAACUUCAUCUCUACUCUGAAAUCAGAUGCGGCAAAUACACCAUCAGACGACGGAUACGAAUCAGAAGACAGGCACAAUCCAGAACCCGAAUCGUCAACAAUCGAAGAAAACCUAGAAGAAAACUCAAGUAGAGUAAAAAUUCAUGAACUUGAUAAGGAAAUAAGAAGGCAGGAAUACAACAAUAAGGUAAUACAACAACAGAAGUCAUUAAAAGGGUACAUUGAAUCAGUUAGAGAGGAUGGUCCACUGGAUGAAGGCGAACAACAAGCUAUGAUUGAAGAAUUCAAAGCCGACUUCAGAAAAGCCAGAAAGGAUCUGGACCUAGAAUACCAAGAUGUAUCCAACGAGUCCGCUAUCUACCGUGUACACCUUAAAAAGGCGAUACAGACUGAGAAAGAUGCCCUUGAUAAAGCUCAUACCUGGGAUAUUGUCAACCGACUAACCAACCGAGCAGUAAUGAAAGAGAAGUGGGUAUUCAAAGUGAAACCCAACGCGGACAGAACAAUCGAGCAGUACAAAGCAAGAUACGUUGCCAAAGGCUUCACCCAAGUACAGUAUCGAGACUACAAUGAGACCUUCACCCCCAUUGCACGAUAUGAUUCCCUACGACUCCUGCUGGUACUAGCUGAAUACAACGGUUGGACAUCACAACAAAUAGACAUUAAGUCAGCCUUUCUAUACAGUGUACUCAAGGAGGAACUCGACAAGGAACUGCCUGAAGGCUACAGGGUGGACAACAAGGUUUAUAAGCUUCGAAAAUGCAUAUACGGACUAAAACAAUCACCCCGUGAAUGGUAUGCUUGCCUAGCAGACUCCAUUCAACAGAAAGGAUUCGUCCCAGCCAAAUUCGACCCAUGUGUCUUUAUACAUAAGAACCACCAUCUAUACAUAUCGGUGUAUAUAGACGACAUCAUGAAACUCGGAUCCGACUCCCCAUUCAGGAAAGAAAUCAGACAACUACUCAAGGCAGAUUUUAAAUGUACGCAUCUCGGUAACUCGAAAUUCAUACUAGGAAUAGAAAUAACGGUAACCAACAACGGUAUCACGCAAUCACAACGUGUAUAUAUUAACAAGAUCCUGGACAAAUUUGGAAUGAGUAACUGUAAACCAGUUGGGACACCACUUGAACUGAACCUCAACUUUCACAAAUAUGAACCGGAAGACCAAAUCGAGAAAUCAACUGAAUACCAAUCCAUAAUAGGAUCACUGAUAACCAAAGACUGGAAUCUGUUCUACCUGAAAGGGACUACUAGAAAACUCAACGGAUUCUCAGACAGUUCCUACGCUUCAGAUCUAGAUGACAGAAAAUCGUUCUCAGGAUACGUUUUCAGACUAAAGAAGUCAGUCAUCAGCUGGAGAAGCUGGAAGCAGAAAUCAGUCGCAGUCUCAACAAUAGAAGCCGAAUACAUAGCCCUGUCACUCGCAGCUCGACAACUGGUAUGGAUUUGUAAUGCCUUGCACGAACUCCAACAACAAUACCGGUACUUCAUAUAUGCCGAUAACACAGGUUCUAUCGAACUCUGUUGGAACUCACGCAUCCACGACCGAUUCAAGCAUAUCAACAUUCACUAUCACUAUACACGUAAACAACUCGAGACCAGAACCUUUGAAACACUCUUUAUCCCUACCGAAGACAAUUUCGCAGAUAUAAUGAUCAAAGGACUACCAAAACCAGCUCACCAAAAAUUGUCAGAAUUGAUACGAUAUGGCAAGUGA